AUGGCAGCAGUGACAACACAAACGGAAACAGUGCAUGCGGCCGGACUUCCAGAUGCUGCCGCCCUCCGCCUUAUAAGCGAUUACGACAUUCAUCGUUCUCAUAGUGAGCAAACGGGCAUACAGCAAUCUACUGGUCAGCUAGUCACGGUUGCUGGCAAUCUUCAGCGCGAAGCCCAGCCGUCCCAGUUCGACCCCACGCAGGCACCGCAUCCUCUGGUUCCUUAUCCAGUUUCCAAUCCGGGAUGGUGGCAACAGGGGUAUCGUCGAGUUCCCGAUUAUCGUCCAGUAAAUAGGGAACUCGAUCGCGAGCAAAGGCGACAGGCCAGGCUUUUCCAGGUUGUUGGCACGUUUAUGAUCGCGGGAUGUUCCAUUAUUGCAGUGAGUCUUCAUAAUGUGUACCUAGCUGUUGCAUAA